AUGGGUGGAAAUAAAGAAAUCUUUAGAAUUUGUCAAUCAAUCAACAUAGAUUUUUCCCAAAUUUUACAAUUUGCGUAUGCAUUUAGGAAUGACGAGCUCUAUGACUAUUUAUCAGAUUUUUAUCCAGAUAACAAAGUUAAGGGCCUCACAGGAACGAUUCGUUGCAUUCUAUUUGCCAGCCAAUUUCCACAAGAAGCUGAUAUAUCACAAUUUCUUGUGAAUUGUGCGGUGGAUGGAUAUAAUUCAAUAUUCAAUCAUAUUACAAACAUCAAAAUUUUAUUUGGAGUCAUUAAUUCAAUUUAUGAUGAUAAUGUUAUCCAUAAAAUCCUUGAGAACAAUACAAUUCCUAAUCUAAUUCAAUACAUUCGCAAUAUAAACUUGUUAUUACAAAUUGUUAAGACUGAAAAAUUUUAUUAUGCAUUGAUAAAUGAUCCCGAAUCAAUUAAAUUCUCAUAUGCUUUUCGGGGUCAUAAAUCUCAGCUAGUUAAUGCUAUUAAAGAGUCGCUUGAUGAAGAUAGAUACGUUAAAUUAAACGAAAUUGCAGCCAAAAAUGAAAUUUUGCUUAUUUUCGAUCCGGAUUUCGCUUUUCAAUUUCUAUCGUCGGGGAAGUUCACCGACCAAUCUACUCUCAAUUUUUUGGUUGACAACAUUGAUAUCUCAAAAAUCGAUACAGUUGAUAAACUCAUUAAUAUUUUCUUUUAUUACCAAAAAUGGUCAGUAUUCUAUGAGAUAAUGAAAAACGAAAUUUCCGACGAAACCAAAUUAAAAUUGAUGGAUUUGUUUUAUCCUGAAAAUACUAAGAAGGGAGAUUUCGAUCGUAGCUCUCAACAACUACAUAAAAUUUGCGAAUUUUUCUUUGCUUCACCAAAUGUCAGAAAAAUGGCAAAACUGUUGCAUAUUUUGUAUUUUGCCUUUAUAUUUAAUUCAUCAACUGUUUAUCCAAUAUAUUUCGAAGAUUGUCUCAAAGAGCAAAACAUUCCUUUAGCAAAACGUAGUAAGUUGUUAGAAAAUAUCAUAAAAAGUAACGUUUUCCAAAACACAACAAUAGUUGAUGAAACAAUUGAUUCAUUUACGUAUAUACCUGAACUUUCUCUUUUUUAUGAAACAAAAGAAUUGAAUAAGGAGCAGUUUUUGCGAUUAUCUCAAUUAGCAUUUUCAAAUUCUCCACAUUAUAAGUUUUUAUCUGAUGAAAAAUACAUGAAAUAUUAUGAUUUUGAUCAAAUGCCAAUAUCUUUCUUUAGAAAUUAUGGAACAUUCAAUAAAGAAAUGAUUGAUUAUUUAGUCAAAGUUGGAAAACUUGAAUCAUUUGCUCAUAUUCCUGGUGUCCAAAAAUUCAUUGAUUUUGAUCAAUUUCUUAAUCUCAAUUUAGAUGAUAAAUUAAAAUACUUUGAAAACCAUAUAUUUGAAAAAAGUGAAAGCGAAAGAGUGGAAGAAUUCUUCAGAAAUAGAUCACCAUUUUUACUUCCUUAUUUAAUACAAAGAAAAUCACAAGUCAUUUCAAUAUUGAAUCCAAAAAUAUUCAUAGAUUUACUUGAUUUCAAUCGAAUUCUUACUGAUAAUUAUUCCUUUUUAAUGGAAUCAAUAUAUAUUAACUGGCCUGAUGAAACAAUCCCCCAGAAUGUUGCCAAUUAUUUUUUGAUGUUUCCACAUAUAUCAUAUAAAAUUGUUUCAAAUCAAAUCGAAAGGAUUUCGAUUUUUCCUAUUUCUCUUCAGAUUUUAUUCCCAUUGAUUUGUAAUUUAUAUUCUUCUAAUGAAAUCUUUGAAAGAAUGAUUACUGAGAACAAAAAUAAAUACAAAGAUUUCUUAAUAGAUACUAUUGACUUUAUCAAUUUGUGCAAUGCUCUGAAAAUGUCAGAAGUUAUAAAGUUUGUUGUAGAAAACUACAAACUUGACAAAAUUGCUGUUUAUUAUGGAAUCAGUAGAUUAAUUGUUUACAAAGAUUUACCAACAGUUGAAUAUCUCAUGAAGAAAUUUAAUUAUAACUAUGAUUAUGUUUUACUGAACAAAUUAACAAUUCCUCAAAUGAUAGAUAUUCAUAUAUAUGAAAAACAAAUUAAAAAAGAGUUGCCACCAUUUGAUGUAUGUAGUGAUUAUAAUAUAUUAACUCCUCAAGUGCGUUCAGUACUGAAAAGUAUUAAUGGUUUUCACUUGGAAGAAUAUUUUGUAUCUGAAUCAUUAUUCCUGAAAUUUCUUAAUUGGCUUGACAACGAAAAACUGAAUGUUAAAGUUGCUUCUUGCAUUUUACUUUAUACGAUUGAUCAAAGAUUAAUCAGCAAAAUAGACUUAAGACAAACAAUAUACAAAGAUAAGACUGAUGAUGAAUUUGCUGCGAUAAUGAAAAAGAAUUACCAGUUAAUUUUUGAAGCAUUAAAAAAGCAAAAUUUUGACGACUUACAAGCAAUUGAUGAUAUUAUAAAUGGAAAGUCUAUUUCUGUUGAAAACUUUACUCCUUACGACCAGUUUUAUCUUUUGGCUUGUAUGUAUGAUAAUGUCGAUGCAAUGAAACAAUUGUUAAGCAAAAGAAACUACAUGGAUGUUGAAAUUAAUAAAUACAUGAAGAGUCCAAUUAUUCUAUCAAUAAUUGAUCAUAAAUUUGAGAUUUUCAAGUUAUUAGUUAGUAACAUUCCUGAUCCAAUAAAUGCAAUCUUUAGAGACAUGACUCUUAUAUAUGCUUCUAUUAAUUAUGCAUUCCAGCAGGGAUUUGAUUAUUUGCUAGAAAAUAAUCUUUAUAAUUUGAUUCCAAACAAUUAUUGUGAUCCGUUUACAAAUGCAUUGCGUUUAAACAAUCCAUAUUAUGCAUUAAAAUUGGAAAAGCUGAUUGAUUUGGAAGCAGAAAAAAUAGCUAAUCCUGAUUGUAUAUCAUUAAUUAAGCAUUUGCAUGGUGAAAAUGUUGAACUGACUAAUAUUGGAAGGUUCAUUCGCGCAUGCGAUAAUGGUUAUGUGAUUGAAUAA